AUGAGUGAGUCAGGUAAAGAUCAGGAUUCAGAUCAAGAAAAAAGCAUUUCUGAAGAAUCCAUUGGAAGUGAAGCCCCAAUUAAAACUGCUAAUGAAAUAGACCAAAAGUCUAAUGAAUCUGAACCUAUAGACUCGAAUAAUGGGGAAAGCAGAUAUCCUGAAAUCGAAAAUAUACCUGAACAGCCUGUUAAACCAGAUCCUCCUAAAGUGCCUGAUAAUGUCCAACAGCCUCAAAAUCCUGCUCCUGCAGAGCCUGCAGGGUCCUUGCUAUCACAGCCUGCUGAUUUAGAACUUUCAAAAACCCAUGGGGUAAGUUAUUACAUAGAACGCUCAAAAGGUUUACAAAUUUGACGAAGAUUACUUUAAAAGUAGUGAAAGAUGCCCUUGCUGCAAUUUUCCAUCCGACGGCAAUAAGUUUCCAUUAUGCGCUGCUCUAGAUAGUCUAAAUCAGCUUGGUGCAGGCUUCCCUCUAUACUUCUGAUUUUUGAGAUAUUCUUUAGGAGCUGUUUUUAUUUUAUUUUCAAUUGCAGGAAUUGCCUGCUUGAUUGGAAAUAUUGUAGCUGACAAACACGAGCAAUGAAAAGAUUCCAGCACUGUCACUAUUUUAACUCCCGCAAACUAUGGAAAUCCUUAUUUAAGUGAUAGUGAACGUAUGGAAUAUGGAUAUGGUGACUGGGAAGCUGUUCCAAUGUGGCAAUCUUUACUGCAUUUGUUUGCAGGGAUCGCUUUAAUGAUAUAUUAUCCUUGGAUUGAUAAAAAAACUAACUAAUCUCUUCGAUAAUGUGCAAAUUAUUUGAAAAAUUCCUAAUGUUAAAAAGCAAUAAAGACUUAUAAUAAAUUAAUCUUAAGCAAGCUAUAUUAAAUUUAAGACUGCUUGAGUCCUAAACAUUAGUAUUAUACGAUUAUACUAGUGAUAUUUGCUGAUAGCCCCGCUUUAUGUAUAGAAUAUGCUUCUCAGUAAAAAUUAAGAAUGGGCUCCAUCAGAAACUUGAGCUGGGCCGAAAAAUCGGUUUCUUAGUAGAGGGAUUUUACUUCCAUGGUCCGAACUAAGACUUUACCAGGAAUAUCUAUUUACAGCAAAGCACUAUCCUUAACUCAAGCGAGAUCGCCCCUUUUAAUAGGGGAUGCUUUAACUGUAGAUACUUAUAGCCUUAGAUCUUCGUUAAACCCUUAUCUGGCAUUCCAAAAGUAAAACUCAGCAGCUUCGGCCAUUCAGGGCAGAGCCAGGAAAGAGUCUAGGUAGAUAAAUUGCCAUGCCUCUACCUGAUAUCUAACCUGACACCUGAGUGCUGCUGGAAAAAAAGAUACAAAAAAUCUUUCACUUGGGUUAAGCCAAUAAAGCAGAAAUAGUGCUUUACCUCUCGCCUUGAGGCUAACAAAACUUUGGUAUCUCUCUGCACUAGAAGCUAUGUCCUGAUAUGCGUAAGAGCCACCAUCGUUCGCCGUAUAAAUUUUAAUAAAACAAUUAAAUUUUCAAUUAAAAUUUAUAAAUUUAAAUUUUAAAAAUACAAAAAAAUUGGGCAUAUUUUAUCAUAAAUACCUUUUUAGCAAAAUCAACAAACAAAAAAAUUUUGAUAGCCAAUCAAGAGGGUAUUAAAGAAAGAGCUGUAGAAAUUGACAUCGACUUAACAACUCCUUCUGAUUUUACGCUCUGGGUUAAAGGACUUCCGAAAUCUUAUACAAAAGAAGAACUUUCUGAGCAUUUUCGAAAAAACGGCAAUGAUGAAAAUACAAAUAUUGAAAUAGUUAACAUAGUUCUUACUCAUGACAUAAAACUUUUUACAAAAAUAACUAGAGAAUUAGUCUGGUGGAAAAUUAGAGAAUCUUAUCUCAGAGAAUAUCAACAUUUUUAUCCUGGCUCUUUUCCCGAAAGAAAAUCUUGUGGCUGUAUAAAGAAAAAAACUAUCACUCUUGAAGAUUGCGCAGAAAAAAUCCAAGAAUUGACAGAAAAGCAACAAGAGCUUUUAAGCAUGCUGAAUUCUGGAAAUCUUGCCCCUAGUGCUUUUAUUACGUUUAGGACUCAGCAACAAACUCGAGGAGUGGACAAUAAAUGAAACCGCUCAAACCUUCAGCAGCUAUUUGAUAGAUUUUUAAACUGUUUUCGGCGCAAUCAUUUGACUAAAUUUAAAGGCUGCUAUCUGACAGCUUCUUUAGCUCCUGAGCCCACCGACGUAUUCUGGGAGAAUUUAUCUUAUCUUAUUUAAUUUAUAAUGUUUAACAUCCACUACAGGGUAGCCGUUUCCAGAGCUGCUACCCUAUUUGUCCAUGUGUCGGGCCCAUGGACCUCUGAAUCGAUUCACGGGAAAAUACAGCGUUCAGCUUCGACGUGCUGCGUUGUCUUGCUCCUUUGGCUCAGCUCCUGCGCGUGUUCGCCCUAGGGCCACCCUCCUUGGGUGUGCUGAGAGGUAAAAACUUCGAGCCUCUUGAAGUUCUUGGAGCAGUGCCUCAGCUUAUCUGGUAUAGUUAAACUGCUGCUGUACAGAAGUUCUCAGAAGAAAACCCAACCCAUAAAUAAAUUCCAUGAGGGAGAGAAAAUUAGCGGAACUAAUUUUGUUCUAGCCGAAUGCCAUUUUAUUUAUCCUGGGAGAAUUUAUCAAGGACCACUUCUGAAAGGAUAAUAAAAAGAUUCCAAACCUGGAUCAUCAGCGCAAUUGCAAUUUUUGUAACUUUUAUUACAAUAUAUUUUAUCAAUGAUUACCAGCAAAGUAUGUAUGAUGACCAAAAAGAUUCAGAUCACUCUAGUAAUGGUACUAAGACUGCAUCAGUUUUUCUUUCAUUGCUGGUAGUUUUUAUUAACUUUGUGUUAGGGAGAUUGAUAAGGAUUUUUUCAGCCCAUGAAUCUCAUCAGACUUGGACACUUUUUAAUGUGAGUGUGGCUGAUAUGCUUAUUUUGUCGAUGUCAAUUAAUACUGGACUUAUUCCUAUCAUCUUGACUAGUGAGCAUGCAGAAAGGUGGUUUAUCCCUGGAGGACUGGCGACUCAGAUGACAUAUAUUUUGAUUAUUAACGCUUGUUUAGCACCUAUUAUAAACUUUAUUAGCCCAAUGUAUUGCUUAAAGGUAAUUAGAAGGUUUUUUGUCAGAAGGUCAAUGGAAAAAGGUAAACUGAAGAUGAGUCAAGGAGAUGCCAAUGUUUUAUUCGAAGGUCCACAAAUAGACUUGGCAGUAAGAUAUGCUAAUUUAGUAAGACUUAUCGAGAAGCUCGCUGCAAUUCUGCAAGGACUAUCUCCACUCUUAAUGCUCCCUUUAGCCUAUACCAGCUCGUACAUGACCUUACAAAGAUUGCUCCUGCCGAACAAGAAUAUGCACACACCUCGAUAGUUGAGUGAGUCGAUUCGCCUGCUGUACAUUAAUUGGGGUUGCCAGCCAUUAAAAAUUCAAAAGAAUUGAAUUUUCUGCCAAGAUGGAAAUCUGUUGCCCAGAGUGUAACUCCCAGUUUCACUCUGAAGCGUUGUCCUGAUUGGUUAGCACGAAUGCCAUUGACCUUGCUAGAAACCCCUUCUAACUUCCGGACCAAUCUCCCUCUGAGGCAUAAACUUGGCUUUUGAAUAAAGCAUGCGGACGGCUAACCCGACGUUGCGCUUCAUCAGAUCAAAGAAAAAUCAGCUGGAUACACAUUCCCAAACGCCAUCCUCUCUUCUUAAAGGUUCCUGCGCACCCUGUGGGAUGCCAGCUACUAUAGUGAAGAGUUUGUGUUGGUUUGCCAUGCCAUUUUAAUGUAUAUUGCUGUAAGAUAUGCAAAAUGUGAUAAAAACAUUAAUUGUUACCUUUUUCUAUGCUCCAUUAAUCCCAAUUGGAAUUCCUAUAUCAUUUUUUGGCAUCACUUUUGAGUAUUUAGUCACAAAGUAUAUGCUUCUAAGAAAAUACACACGGCCAAAAGAGCAUAAUGCUGAAUUGGCAUUUGAAAUGAACGAAUGGUUGAAAUGGGUAGCUUUUUCUCAUGCUGUAAAAUUUAUGUAGCUUGGGGUUAUCAUAUUUUAUUACAACUUCCCUGACUCAAAUAGUGACCCUGCAAAACUUUUAAUUGCAGCUGCAUGUCUCUAUAUAAUUUUACCUUUAAAAGCUUUAGGGCAUGCACUCUGCAAAUACGACUCAAAUUCAAUACUUAAAAGAAUUUUAGCAGAAAAUGACCCAAAAAAUGACUAUUUUAAGCAACUCCCUUUAUUUUACACUGUAAGAAUAAAGCAGGAUUAUGAAAGGGAAAACCCAAUCACUCAUGAUGAAGGGUGGAGAAAAUGGAAUGAAUUCAUGAAAAUAGAAAAUAAAGAAAAAACAAAUAUUGCGGGUAAGAUUAAUUUAGACACUUUUAAUAAUUAUGUUGCGAGAAGGGCACCAUGUGAAGCUUUUGUAAAUGUACUCCUUGGCAAUAAUGUUGGAGGAAAUAGAGGAAAUCCAGAUGAAAUGUAUAGAAAUAUGGCGUAUGGAGUUAGACGUGCAAUUCCUGGAUUAGAAAAUGGUGCUCAGCCGACUGUAGGACAGUUUACAAGGCUAUUUUCACCGCAAAAUACUGCAGGAGGAGUCUUGGUUUCAAAUAAGCAUGUUGACCCUACCCAAAUCCAGUACCAAGGAAAUCAGCCAAACCCAAUACAAUACCAAGUUCCUCUGGGAUAUCAAUCAUACCCACAAUCUUAUCCAGGCUAUCAAUAUCCAGUUCAAAGCCAAAUAAGUAUUCCUCAGCAGCCUCCAGCAAUGAUGCCUCCUCAACCUCAAUAUUCGCAAGGCUAUCCAGGAGUUCAAUAUGACCCAAGAUUUAGUCAGCCUUAUUAUUUAUAUCAAAACUCUACGAAUUAUAAUCCUGAAUAUAGACCUCCAAAUGAUAUUUAA